CGCAUAAAUAGAUAUUUCAAAUAAAGAUUAUUAUGAUUUUAAUUAGUUUCAUUAUUGGUAUUUAGAAAAAUGUUACCACCGACAUAUGUUGAGGGUUUUCACGAUUUAGAAGCUGUGAAAACUAUGGAAUAUAGAGAACUUGGCAAAACCGGAUUAAUGGUCAGCAAAUUAUCAUUUGGUGGAGGACCACUUGGUUGCCAUUACGGUACAUUCGAUGAAGCCAAAGCAAUUGAAGCGAUACGUGAAGGAAUAAAACGAGGAAUUAAUUACAUUGAUACUGCACCAUGGUAUGGCCAAGGUCGUUCUGAAACUAUCAUUGGAAAAGCUUUGAAAGGUAUUCCACGUGAAGCAUAUUAUAUUGCCACAAAAGUCGGAAGAUAUGAAUUAGAUUACGAAAAUAUGUUUAAUUUCUCUAAAGAGAAAACUAGAAAAAGUAUUGAUAAAAGUUUAGAGCUUCUUGGUUUGAAUUAUGUUGACGUCAUACAAGUUCAUGAUAUUGAAUUUGAUCCAAAUUUAGAUAUAGUAAUUACACAAACUUUGCCAGAAUUAUCAUUACAAGUUGCAGACGGUAAAGCAAAAUAUAUUGGUAUCACCGGAUAUCCGGUAUCCAUUUUAAGAAGUAUCGAGAAAAGUAAUAUUAAUAUUUCUUGCAUAUUAAGUUAUUGCAGAUAUACUUUAAUAGAUGAUACUUUAUCUGAAUAUAUUCCAUUUUUCAAGGCACACAAUAUUGGUAUAAUUAGUGCUUCUGCGCCAUGUAUGGGGCUUUUAACAAAUAAAGGUCCACCAGCUUGGCAUCCUAGUUCAAAAGAGACAAAAAAAAUAUGCGCAGAUGCUGCUAGAUGUUGCAAGGUAUAUGAUACAGAAUUAGCUAAAUUAGCAUUAUGGUAUUCUAUGCAAUGCAAAGAUAUUGAUACAUAUUUAGUUGGAAUUCAAAAUUUAAAAGAAUUGUAUAUGAAUAUUGAUGUAUUAAAAAAUGGUAUUACAGAAAGAGAGAAAAGUUUACUUCAAGAAAUACAGAAAAAAUAUUUAUCCAAAAUAACAGAGAAACACUGGGAAAAUAAAGAACUUCAGAUGUAUUGGGAAUAUAUGAAAAAGUAGGAAAAAUAUAUUUUUUUAUAUUAUAUACAAUGAUAAACAUAAUAUUGUCAUAUUUAAUAAUAUUUUAUAUUAUCAAUAUGUAAUCUAUCUUAAUUUAGAAUAUAUGUAAUACAGUAUAAAGUAUUACAUUUAUUAUAUAAUAUAAAUAUUCUUAUAGAAUAAACUAUAAAUGCAAUUUUUAUACUUUUUUUGGAAAAUACAAAAUCAGACUUAUGAAAUUU